AUGGCCGUCGACGAAGUCUCCGACUCGACCGACUGGCUGACGACGCCUCUCUCUGGCCUGGCCGCCGUCGAGGCCGCCCUUCGCUGCCAAGUAUGCAAAGACUUUUUCAAAACGCCCAUGAUCACGUCAUGCUCUCACACCUUUUGCUCCCUCUGCAUCCGGCGGGCACUGUCCAACGACGGCAAGUGCCCGCUCUGCCGCACGCCCGAGCAAGAGCUCAAGCUGCGAUGCAACUGGUCCGUCGAGGAGGCCGCCGAGGCCUUGAUGAAAGCCAGGACGAGCAUCUUGAACGCGGCGAGGGGUGACCUGGCCGAGAGCCAUCCUCGCAAACGGGCGGCCCCAGAAGAGCAGCCGGGGGAGCAGCCGGGGGAGCAGCCAGGUGCAGCACGAAAACGGACACGGACUUCAUCACGGCUGAGCAGGAUGCGCGAGAGCGAUGCGUUCGCCGCCUCCCAACAAGCUUCUCCGGAGCACGAUGACGAUGACGCGAUGGUGGUGGAAGCAUCUCAGGAGGAGGCCCAUGGCAUGGCGGCAUGUCCGAUCUGCAACCGCACGAUGAAGGCCUGGCAAGUCUUUCAACAUGUCGAAACCUGCACGGGUACGCCAAAGGCCGGGAGCGCCAAGCCGAACAAGGUUGACCUCGCCUUCGACGCAAGCCGACGGAAAGAAAGCUUGCCAGACCGCCUGCCAGCGUUGAACUAUUCGAUGCUCAAAGACCAGGCUCUGCGGAAGAAAAUGACGGAGCUGGGAUUGUCCAGCCAAGGGCCUCGCGCUCUUCUGGAGAAGCGGCACAAGGAAUGGCUGACCUUGUGGAACGCCAACUGCGACGCCGCGUACCCGAAACGCCGGGGCGAGCUGCUCCAAGACCUAGACGUGUGGGAGAGAACGCAGGGCGGUCGAGCGCCAACCACCGGGAGGGCGAUGCAAAUCGCGGCGACCAUCAGGGACAAGGAUUUUGACGGCACCGCCUGGGCUUCGACGCACGAUUUAGCCUUUAGAGAUCUCAUCGCCAACGCCAAGAGAUCGGGAAAGGACUCGGCAAAGGAAAAGGCCGGGCCGGUUCCCCCAUCUUCUGCCGCCGACGGGGCAGCAGACGUGAGCAUGCCGCCGCAAGGCGUCAUUUCGCCAGGUGCAUUGGCCGCUUCCGUUCAUGAGAGCGUCAAUAAAAAGGACGGAGACUCCAAGGAAGCCGCAGAACGUGAGCUGGAUUCUGAGGAGCCGCAUGCAGAUGCCGCCAUUGCUUAG